GAAAUGGUAACCAUAAAGCAACAAAAUUGUUUAUUGGACUGCGACACCCAUUUACCGUCAGAAUAGAAGUUAUAAAGUUAUAAAUGUACAUGAUUCACUUAUUGUGUACACACACUCUCUCUCCAUCUCUAUCUCUCUAAAACAUCUUUGAACUCAUUCAACUUCGACAUGAAAGAAGCUCAAGAACUUCAGCUCCAUGUCAUGACUCCGCUUGAAGCCAAAGAAGCAAACUCAACAACAGAGCAUAUAAAUGUCACCAGCCAAUCAACAAUCACUCAGCCUAGAAAUUAUGGAUGGUGGCUUCGAAUGAGCAUGUACACACUCUUUCUCCUCUCUGGCCAGUCAAUAGCAUUACUCUUGGGAAGAUUAUAUUAUGACAAAGGUGGUAAGAGCAGAUGGUUGGGAGUGGUUGUGCAACUCAUAGGCUUCCCUCUCCUUCUACCCUACUAUUUCAUCCCAUCACUCAAAAAUCUCAAAACAAACAGUACCACCACCACUAUCUACUCUAAACCACCAUCCACCUUGGUACAUGUAUCAGUUUAUGUAUCACUUGGUCUACUUGUUGUUGCAAAUUGCUUCUUGUAUUCAACUGGGCUAAUGUACCUUCCUGUGUCUACUUUCUCUCUCAUUUGUGCAUCACAGUUGGCCUUCAAUGCUUUUUUCUCCUCCAUCCUUAACUCACAAAAGUUCACCCCUUUGAUAGUCAAUUCUCUAGUCCUUCUCACUAUAUCCUCCAUCCUCCUAGUUUUUGAAACAGACCCUUCUUCAGACUCCUCCAAAGUUUCUAAAGAAAAGUAUGUAAUUGGCUUAAUAUGCACUAUCUGUGCAUCUGCUGGACAUGGUUGGGUGCUUUCACUUACACAGGUUGCCUUCAAAAAGGUUUUUAAAAAGGAGACAUUUACAGUGGUCAUGGACAUGAUAAUCUAUCAGUCUCUGGUUGCAACCUUAGGUGCUGUGGUGGGACUUUUUGCUAGUGGAGAUUGGAAAAGUUUAAAAACACAGAUGGAGGAGUUUGAACUAGGAAAAGUAUCCUAUAUCAUGACAUUGGUUUGGACAGCUAUAAUGUGGGAAGUUUCAGCUAUAGGUUGUGUAGGUUUGAUUUUUGAGGUGUCUUCCUUAUUCUCCAAUGCCAUAAGUGUUUUGGGUUUGCCUAUUGUACCAGUUCUAGCUGCGAUCUUUUUCCAUGACAAAAUUGGUGGAAUAAAGGUGAUCUCCAUGGUUUUGGCUAUUUGGGGUUUUGUUUCGUAUGUCUAUCAGCAGUACCUUGAUGAUCUCAAGUCCAAGCAACAUGAAGAUAGAAAUGCAAAUGAAGCUUCCAAUGCCUCCUCACUACAAGAGGUUAAUGGAUCAUGAAUAAGGUUUGCUUAGACUACAAUAAUGAAUGCAUAAGAUAGGCUUAGAUCAAUGUAAGGCUAAUCUUCUACAAAAGAAGAUUUUCGAAUCUUUCUACUUGUAUGGAAUGGCUAAGUAGUAUUAGUCAAGCAGAUAAACUAGUUAAGAUUUAUCUCUACCGUAUCUCUCAAUCUUCUUCCUUA